CAUUAACCAAGAAGCACAUUGACAAUCACCAUACCUCAGACAUUCUAACCACAUACUGCUUAGGACAGUGGAAUACAAUGAUGUAAAAUAUUCUACAUACCACUCAGUAACGCAGCAGAGUUUGUUAUUAUCGUGUAUUUAUUUAUUUUUUUUAAAAGGGCGAUGGAGGAAUAACAUUAGGUGACAUCACCUUCAUCAGCAAGAUAACACAUUACAUUGGCAGCAUGGACGAUUAAACAUGCUGCAGCUACAAUUUAAUACGACUAAAAGGAUGUUUUAAAAGCAGACGACGGCGACGAUUGUAAAGUGGAAGUAGGAUGGAUCGGAUUCGAAAAUGCGGGGUCUUGGGCCAAAUUGUGCAGGUGGAUGGCUGACCUGAUGUUACAAGGUAUCCGUUGAAGCUUCCUUCUGUUGCCGCGGUACUAUACCACUGCGCUGUAUUAUGAUAACUGAAGACUAGUGAGUAGAAAUCGUGAUCGGGGAGAGUGUGAAAGCCAUGCUGCCCGGGGUUGGGGUGUUUGGCACCAGCUUGACUGCAAGGGUGAUCAUCCCGCUUUUGAAGAACGAAGGCUUCUCGGUGAAGGCGCUUUGGGGACGGACCCAGGAAGAAGCCGAGGAAUUGGGCAAGGAAAUGAAUGUGCCUUUUUACACCUACAGAAUAGACGAUGUCUUACUGCACCAGGAUGUGGAUUUAGUCUGCAUACACCUCCCGCCUCCCCUGACAAGGCAAAUUGCAGUCAAAACGCUGGGCAUCGGCAAGAAUGUGAUUUGUGACCGAACGGCCACCCCACUUGAUGCCUUUCGCAUGAUGUCGGCAGCUCACUACUACCCAAAGCUGAUGAGCAUCAUGGGAAAUGUGCUGCGCUUCCUGCCGGCCUUCGUCAAGAUGAAGCAGCUGGUCGAGGAGGGCUACGUUGGGGAGCUGCUGGUAUGUGAGGCGCAGGUUCACAGUGGAAGUCUGCUGGGGAAGAAGUACAACUGGAGUUGCGACGACUUGAUGGGAGGUGGCGGGCUGCACUCAGUGGGCAGCUACAUCAUUGACCUGCUCACCUUCCUAACAGGGCAGAAGGCAUCCAAGGUGCACGGAUUCUUGAAGACUUUCGUCAAGCAGACGGACCACAUCAAGGGCAUCCGGCAGAUAACCAGUGACGACUUCUGCACCUUUCAGAUGGUCCUAGAAGGGGGGGCCUGUUGCACAGUCACCCUCAACUUUAACGUGCCUGGGGAGUUCAGACAGGAGGUCAUCUUAGUAGGCUCGGUGGGCAGACUCAUUGUCAGCGGGACUGAUCUCUAUGGUCAGAAGAAUGAUGCCUUCCAAAGGGAGCUUCUUUUAAAGGACUCCACUCCGCUGGGAAACGCCUUGCUGCCUGAGAAGGCCUUCAGCGACAUCCCGUCACCCUACAUCAUUGGCACCAUCCAGAUGGUGCAGGCCAUUCGACAGGCCUUUCAGGACCAGGAUGAUCGGCGCACUUGGGACAGGAGGCCCUUAACCAUGGCUGCCACUUUCGAGGACUGCCUCUACGCCCUGUGCGUGGUGGACACCAUCAAGAAGUCCAACCAGACCGGGGAGUGGCAGAACAUUGUCAUCAUGACCGAGGAACCGGAGAUCAAUCCUGCAUACUUGAUCAGUGAAGCCAUGCGGAGUAGCAGGGUUUCCCUCUAUUGCUAGCUUUCAGGAGGGGAGAAUUAAGGGAUACAAACAGCUGUUACUGUAUAUACUGUAUGGCAGAAAAUAUAUGCAGUAUGUGUCACAUUAAGAUAAUGGGAGGAAUUUGAAGGAGUUUAAAGAAAAAUACCACAGGCUGGCCUCAGCCAGUGGAUAACUUGGUAUGCAAGAGGCUCAGGUUUGAUAAUCAAACUAUGUGAAAGAAGCUCUUUCCUAAGCAUCUGGGGAAAUCUGACACAUUGGCAAACUCUCUGGCAGGAAUGCGCCACGAUUUGAAGUAGGAUUGUUUAGUGUUGUUUUAAUACCCCCAAAGGGUUUACUGAUAUGGAUAUGUGUGGUUUGUGGCUCAACUUCAAGUAGCAAAUUAAAAGAGCAAUUCACUUUUAGUGUUUCAGAAUCAACCUCGCCCCCUUUAUCUGUUGCUUGCGCUAAACAGUCAAAACACAGUUUGGGUAGUUUUAAAUUGAAAACAGGCCAGGGAUAACAGGGUCCAGAGGUACAGCACUUGCACUUCUCUCAACAGUAAAGGUUAUGUGCUCUUGAGAUAAACAGUUAACCCAUGGCUAUAUUCACUAAUACACAGGAAACAAAGAAUAUGUGGAAUCUGGCUUAUUGUCCUAAUAUAAUAGAUAUAUGUGGGGUCAUUCAGAUAAUUUUAGACAUUUAAUGAACAAUUUAUCUAUGGCACAGUUGUCAAUGUCAUACAAAUCUCAAGUAAAAUACAUUUCCUUUGACGGCAUUUUUUUUUUUUUUUUUACCUUUUUACAAUUAAAUACAAAAUGAACAAUUGUAUACAGGGUUUCAACAGAAGCUUUCAAAUACUAUUCAUUAUUCAGUCCAUGCUUAUGGAAAUAAAUGGCUGACAUUUAUUGGCAUGGUCACUAAUAUCUACUUUUAAAAGGUUUAAUUCAGUAUGAGGCACAUACCUGUACCACAUGGGGUGCUUAAGACUAGACAAGAACAUGCAGCCUUCAGCAGUGCAGCAUAUUGCUCCAAACUCUAGGAUUCUACUACCCUUAGUGCCUCUCCAUUACCUCAAGGAUCAAAAUUCACUGUUCCUAUAAGUAAACAUGGUAAUAAUCCUGAAGUGUUUCUCAGAAAAUAAAGGACUUACCAAAUUAGGUAGAAGGAUUCUAUGAUGAUCGCUCCUGUGCUUUUAUUGACAAGUGGUUCCAAAUGGAAAGAAGAGUUGUUUUGUAGACCUCUCUGAAGUCAUGCCUAGUGGACUGAUCUAUUGUAGCAGUAACACUGCAGCAUUCGAAUUUACCCAUUUUGGGUAAAGAUUAUAUUGCGUUUUAUUUCUCAUGUGAUUUCUAGUCACAGCUCAUUUGCUACCUCCUGUACCAUCUUGCCCAGGGAUGAGCCACUUCCCCUUGUGUUGCCUUAAAAUCCUCCCAGCUGUUAAAUAUGGUAGAAACAGAACCACAAUUGGAAUCUAGGAAUACAAAUUUCUAAAUGAACAGGUUGCCACAUGGUUUGUGAACAAAUAAUGUCAGAUAUUACCAGGAUGGCUUUAUGUGAGUUACAGGGUAUAAAUCCCUUUACCUCAUGAGAUUGAAAACAUCAUGUUAGUUGUCCCUGCUAUCCCUGGUGUACUACAGAAUUAUACACUUAAUAGUUUUACAUCAGUCAAGCAUGCCAUUCCGUUUUCCCAAUCAUUAGCUGUGCUUUUCCCAUAUAAAUUCUAAAUUCUGACUUCUUAGUCAAUGGGUUCCAUUAAAAUUUAAAAUCACAUGACAUGGCUAAGAAGCUAAGGUCUUAAUUAGCUUCAAUCAAACAAACUUACAUUUUUCAGUCAGUGCUUUCAAUGAACCUGGAUUCUAUUUUAAAAUUCAGUUGUCAGAUUGAAGAGCUGUACAAUUAAACAUGUUAAGAGCUUUUCACUAGAAGGGUAUUUUUUUUUUUGCAUAGCUUUUUCAAUUGAUUAAAUGCAUAUGUUUUAAAUGCAUAUGCAUAAGGUUUCUUAUGAUGGAGCACAGCAACUAGGCAACAACAUGGAGUGCAUGAAAAAAAAAAAAAAAAACUGUCUUUGCUUAAAAUGUGCCUUGGAUUAUAUCUGCACAGAGAGGUAUGAUUUUGCAUGACCAUGAAGUCCUUUUAGUAGGGGGAGACAUUAGGUGUCUCAUACUCCCAUUCAAACCCGAUUUAAAAUCUUUCAUCCAUAUCAAAUCAUUUUAAAUACACUUUUUCGUGUUGUUAGUAAAGCUUUUAAACUCAAAUCAGUGUGAUGGAAAUACUGACAUUAUCUUAGGGCAGUAUGUUAAUGGACCGGUUUUAAAACUUGAAGGGAAGUAAAACAAUACAGUUGAAGCAGUGAACUACUGCAUUUCCAUCCAUGGGCAGCACUUAAGCAUGUACUCCCUGAUAAACAGGGAAUGUACCUAUAAAAAUGGUUGCCCUAUUGUAAUUAUAUAUUAAUGCAGGAUGCAUCAUGAUGAGAUGCAACAUGCCACUUACAGAGUAGGAGGCUAGGUCCAGUGGCUUAAGAAAAGGACUUGAUAAUAGGUCCCCGAUUCAAUACCCGGCUCAGCCUCUGACUCACUGUGUGUGACCUUGAGCAAGUCACUUAACAUCCUUGUGCUCUGUCCUUUGAAUGAGACGUAAA